CCAUCCAGGGCCUGCGCUCCAAGAUGGAGGACCGGUUCGCGGCCGAGGAGGAGAUCGCGCUCGGGGCGCGCGCGCCCGGCGAGGAGCAGCGCGACGGCCGCGGACUUUCCAUCUACGCCGUGUACGACGGACACGGCGGCGACUUCGCGGCCGAGUACACCAAGGACCACCUGAUCGAGGCGCUGAAGGCCAAGCUGCUGGAGGUGCACGUCCAGCGGGGCCGAGCGGCCGACGUGGGCGAGCCGUCGUCCGCCCGCGUCUCUAUAUCGAUAUCCCCGGCCGAGCCUGAGCCGGAGGGCGAGCGCGAGCCGGCCGGCGCCACGCUGGGCUCCUGCAAGUCGCACGAGGCGUACCAGCGCACGCGCAGCCCGCGGCGCAGCGCCUCCGCCCAGGGGGACAUGCUGGUCAACUUCUUCGGCCAGAUCAACUACACCAAGGUGAUGCAGGACGUGUUCAGCGAGGUGGACGCCGCCCUGCUGGACGCGGCGCGGCGCGAGGCGUGCAUCGCCGGCACCACGGCUGUGCUGGCGCUGGUGGACGGCGACCAGGUGGUGGUGGCCAGCUGCGGCGACUCGCGCGCUGUGCUCUGCGACGCCCGCGGCCACGCCGUGCCGCUCACCACCGACCACAAGCCGGACCAGCUGACCGAGAAGAAGCGCAUCACGGAGGCGGGCGGCUUCGUCACCUUCAACGGCGUGUGGCGUGUCAACGGCAUCCUGGCGACGAGCCGCGCGCUGGGCGACCUGCCGUUCAAGGAGCGGCGCCUGCUCACGUGCCGCCCGGACGUGCAGACGGUGAGCGUGCGCCACCACGCGGCGCCGUUCCUGCUGCUGGCCUCUGACGGCCUCUGGGACGCGGCCAGCGGCCAGGAGGCCGUACAGCACGUGCGCGCGCGUCUCCACGAGCCGGAUCUGGGCGCGCGCAGCCUGGCGCUGCUGGCGUACCAGCGCGGCUCGCUCGACAAUAUCACCGUGCUGGUGGUGGACCUGCGGCCGGGGCAGCUGGGCCGGUCGGGCAGCUUCCGGCGCGCCGCCGCCAGCUAG